ACAUCAGCGUAAAGAAUCCAAUCACUUCAUCACACCAAUUAUAAUUCCCUAUUAUUUUAUUAUAAAAAAAACAAAAGAUAAAUGUAAAACACCAAUCACAUAGCUUUAUUGAUAAAUUUGUCAGAGUAUAGCAACAGAACAACAUGAAGAAAAAGAAAACCCUUCUUUAACAAACUGUUCCUGCAUUUCUCAACAUUUAUCAAUUCAUAUUAACACCCUUUUAUUCAUAAACCUUUAACUACCACUACCAAUUUUUUCUCUCUUCCUCAAAACACCAUCAAUUAAAAAUAUAUACUUCAGCUUUACAAUAUUAUUAUACCAUAUACUAUUAAAUUAAAUUAAAUUAAACUACAUCAUCAUCAUCAUCAUCAAUAAUGUAAUUUGGAGUUGAAAAGAGAGAACGCUACGGAACUGUUUGUUUCUACGCAACCUUCUUUCUUCUUCUCUUAUGGCUUCUCAUCAUUCUUACAUAUCCAUCACCCUUUUUUCAUCUUCUCUUAUUCUUUCACAAUGAUCCAUGGUGGUUGCUGGAUUCAUAUUUACUGGUGAAAGUGUUGAUUGAUUGUUGAUUGAGGUGUUAGUGCUAGUUAGUUUAGGUGUAUAUGAUCUGUUGUUUAUCUAAUGUGUUUUUGGAAUUUGGUAUUUGAUAGAGACAUGUAUUAGUUUGGAAAGUAGUGUUUUUUGUUGGAGGAAGAGAUUGGUUGAUUAAUUAGGAAUUGAUUAGGAUUUAGGAUGGAUUUUCAGAAUAAUAUGCAGCCUGAAUUGGGAAAAUUGGAACAAAUUGUUUAUCAAUUUCUAUUGAAGUGUUUACACAUCAUUUUGGACUCAAGGGUAGCUUCGAUACGUCAACAUGAUAGAAGUGGUGACCUAUCAACGGGUGGUUCUCGUGUGAGGAGGAGUGAUAAAUGGUUUAAUUUCGCCUUAGGUGAUCGACCUUCUGCUCUUGAUAACUUGAACUUUUGGCAUAGGAAUUUGAUGGAUCCGAUGAUAAUUGACAUUAUAUUAGUUCAUGAAGAGAAUGGUUCUUCUGUUGAGACAGUUAUAGAGAGGUGGAAUGUUCAAUAUGAAUGUCCAAGAAUAAUGGCUCCUCAAAUUAGUGAUAGUACUAUAUCUUACAAGAAAACAUACCAGAAAUCGAUUAUACUGUUUCGCGCUCUUUAUUCUCAAAUGAGGCUUCUCCCAACUCAUAAGAUAUUUAGGCAGCUAAGUUCAUCAAAUUACACUUGUAAUUUUGAUAUUGUUUACAAAGUCUCUUCCUUUAGUGAUCCAUUUUCUAGGGAAGAAGGAGCGAUGAUGGAAGAAUAUAUUUUCACACCUGUUGAUGCGCUUCCAGGCCGUCUUAGCUUAUCUGUGACUUACCGUUCUACAUUAUCUGAUUUCAACCUUGAGUGUUCAACAUCAUUACCAACAAAAAUAAUUACUGAUUAUGUUGGAAGUCCGAAUACAGAUCCUUUGAGGUAUUUCCCUUCUUCAGUAAAGGGUGUUCGUGUGCCUCCGUCUUCUACGCCACUUGACCGUCCUCAUAGUUGGACGCCUGGAUUUCAUAAAGCAGCACCUUUUGUACAGAACCAUCAGUAUGCUGGAUCACCACCGGUGCAUCGUGGCUCUCUCAAGCCAUUUGAUUUUCCAUCUCCACCUACUGAUAAUUUCAAUAUCAGAUAUCAUAACCGUCGAAUACAAAGUCAGUCAAGGUCUACAAGUUAUGACGAGCAUCAACUUUCUCCACCAUUCUCAUCCUCUUUAUCUCCAUCACCACCUAUACAUAGUGGCAAUACAAUGCAUACUCGUAUGCGCUCUGAAACAGCACCUGUGUCUAUACCUCAUCCAAUAAUGGGCAAAAGCUCUAGAAAUCUUUCUCCUAAUUUUUCAGAUCCUAAUAGAAAUUCUCUGCCCCCUUUAUCUCCCAGAAGGAAUGAUGCAUCGUCAAACGAGUCUCCAUCUGGAAUCAGGUCAUUCAGGAAAAUAGAAUCUCUAAAGUUUGGUCAAAAGAUUGUCAGAGAUAGCAAGGAGGAUUCAGGGCGGUUCUCAGGAUUGCUAUCUUCUAGUGACUCACCACGUGUUGGAGUUUCUAGAACCUCAAGCAAAUUAUCUUUUCAGGAUGACUUGGACGAUGGUGAUUUUUCAUGUCCUUUUGAUGUUGAUGAUGUUGACCCUCCAGAUGUUCUGUCAAGCCAUAAUGUGUAUGGGAAGAGUGCUUCAGAGUCCCCUUCAACAUCAUUACCAAUAGGGAGAAAGUCACAAGAUGCUGCUGUUGGUGUUCUUGUGCACAUGCUCAGAACAGCACCUCCUUUGCGCCAAGAUUCAAGUUGUUAUUCAUCGCAUUCCCUGAAGGCUGAAGUCGAUGGAGGAGUUGCUACUGCUUCUGGAUUCUUCAUGCCUCGAAAGACAACUGACGCACUCGAAGAGCUAAGGAGUUAUAGAGAAAUGAGAGACCUUCUUCUUUCUAAGAGUGGUACCCGGAUCCUGAAAAGAGAUGAAACUUAAGCAUGGUGACUAAUUACAGGUUAUACAGAACAAGCAGUUGGGAAAGAAAAAGAUUGAGGGAAUUUUGUACAUAUCUGACUUUAUGAUUGGUUAGAAACACCAACAUUAUUAUUUUAUCAUGACUAAAAUGCUUCUAAUUUGCUCUAAUCUUUAUAAACAUUAUUACAGUUUGAAAUGAAGAAUCUGUUUGCCCUUUGUACACGACAACGGCAAUAGUGGCAAUUAAAGGGAACAUUUUAGAAGUAUUUUGGAUGAAAGAUUGUUGAAUUUCUUUGUAGAGAUGCACAUAUACUUUUGUUGAAAUGAUGAAUUUUAUUUUAAUUAGAAA